AGGAGAGUGAAAUUCAAUAGCGCGUCGGUUAUCCUGCUGCUUAAAUAUCCUAGCUACACGUUUAUCCUAGCUACAGAGAAAUGUCUCCAGAUGAACUUGUCUAUCUGGGAAUUCUUGCUGCCGCCAUACCUGUGGGAUUCCUGUUUCGAUACCUGAGUCCCCCAGUAAAGCAAGGGGCAGCUUUGCUCCUGGGUUUAUCCAUCACCAUAGCAACCUGCAGGAUUCAUACUCUGCACUCACUGCUCACUGUGCUAGGAACAUGGGCCAUCAUAAAGUUCAGCUGGAGGAGUGCUCCACCUCUCUCUCUGGGAUGGACCUUUCUCUACCUGUUGUUUUUCCGGCUGUCUACUUCGUUUGGCUUGCCUCCCCCAACACCAUUUGCUAAUGCAAUCCAGCUGCUGCUCACACUGAAGAUGGUCAGUUUAGCCAACGAGGUGCAGACUUUUCACCUGAGGAAAAAAGAGGAUGUGAGCUCAUUUUCAAAGUCAUCUGUGAUUGGUGGACUUUCCCAAGAGCCCUCACUCUAUGAUGUAAUUUCAUACAGCUACUGUUAUAUUGGAAUAAUGACAGGCCCAUUCUUUCGUUACCAAACCUAUGCUGACUGGCUCCAGCAGCCCUCCCCUGCCUCCCUCCCUGGCCGUGACCCCUGCCUCAACCGCCUAAAGUUAGUACCCCUGUAUGGAGUCCUCUUCCUGGCAGUUAAUGCUUACUUCCCCCUGGGCUACGUACGGACAGAAGAGUUCCUGGACCAUAACUACUUCUUCAGGUUGUUCUACAUGACAGCAGUGUUCUUCGUGUUCCGGAUGAGGUUCUAUGCAGCCUGGUGUGGAGCAGAGGCAAGCUGCAUCAGUGCAGGGCUGGGCUGCUACCCAGAGGGGGCUCUCUCCAAGCCAGGCGGGGGGCCCACUGUGCAGUAUAGCCCUGAUCCCGAUACCCCAGUUUUGUAUGACUUCAAAACCAUCCAAAACAUUGACUGCUACAAUACUGACUUCUGUGUCAAAGUGAGACAUGGAAUGAGGUACUGGAACAUGACUGUGCAGUGGUGGUUACAUCAUUAUAUCUACCCCAAUGCACCUUUCAAAGGAUACACACUCAGAGCUGCUUGGACCAUGUUUAUCAGUGCCUACUGGCAUGGGCUCCAUGCUGGCUACUACCUCUCCUUCCUCACUAUCCCCAUCUGCAUUGCGGCAGAGUCUGCCCUGGAGGGUACUGUCAGGGCCAAACUGGGACCCAGUGGUCAAAACAUCUUCGACUGGGUCCACUGGUUCCUCAAGAUGAGAGCCUAUGACUACAUGUGCAUGGGUUUUGUUUUGUUGAGCUUCGGAGAUACCGUCAACUACUGGAUCUCUAUAUAUUUCUGCAUUCAUGUCAUCGCAGUGGGGUGUAUUGUGUUGGGUAGGUUGUUGAAGGGAAAGGGUGAGAAGAGGGAGAGGAAGAGUGAAAGAGAGAAAAACACUGAGAAGGAAGAAGAGAAACCAGUUGAGAAUGUUAGAGAAAAGAAUGAGUGAAAAAAUAAUUUAGAUUUAUGGGGAAGGGAUGGAUCAUCUCGACUAAACUACAGCUUCCAGCAAGUACUGUCACAGAUCUGAAAUGGCACAGACUGGAGAGAGUGAUGUUUAUAUUGUAAUUAUUACGGAAUGUUUUUAUUAUGGAGAUAUCAAGUUACGAACCACAUAGGAUGUGUGUAUAUAUAUAUACAGUAGAUGAGGGUCAAACCACAUUCACAUAUAUGUCCUGAAGGACACCCAUUACAAAGGAUGUGAGAUGUCUUAUGAAUGUAAUUUUUAUUGUGUGAAUGAAAUCUUUGGCUGGGAGAAACUACAAAUUUUAGAUGUCAUCAUGAAUGUGAAUGGCACAGAAAUUUAUGUUGAUUACUGUAGAAUAUGUACAGUGUGCACAUCUGUGUGCUUGUAUUUGUGUACCUCUGAAACAUUUUCACAGAAAAUUUUGUCAUACAUUAUGUCCGUUAAUUUUCAUCAUAGUUUUAUCAAAGAGAAAAUUAGGAAACAGGUAGCAGCAGGGAACAAUCUAACUAUUCUUUUCACAUAAUGUUUUUAUUAGGAAAAUGGAUGCUGAAUCUGAUUGAACUGAAUUAAGUAUUUGAAGAUCUCACAACCACAAUUUUUAACUACACAUUCCAAUGUCUUGUUAUCUGAGACAUUUUCAGUGAAUAUUUUAAUUUGAACAAACUAAUUCAAAGGAACCAGUGCAGGUCAAAAUUAAGAUGGCAGAAUUCUGUCCAUUUCACUAUAGUCAGUCCACAUCAUUUUCAGGUGAAGGUCAUGACCAUGCACAGGGAUAUGCCUCACUGUGUCUUGAAAAGGACCUUUCAUUCCACAUUAAAUUCAGGGAAUUUCAGAAUGCAUCUCAAUUCAUAACUCACAGUAGUAAAAAAAGUACAGUUUCUACACAGCAAUAACAAUAAACUUGUGAAUCGGCAGCCUGUCUAGCCUAGCUAGGUCCCUCUUAGCACGCUCCAUGUAGAAUGGCAUCCAGGAGAAAGUUUAGAGGAUAAACAUUGUGGAAGGUGUCAAAGAGCUGCUUUUUUAUGGCUGUAGAAUUGAAAUGGAAAUGUAUUUUAUUUUGAAAAUGUUACCAGAUAUGUUUGAGACCGGUUUUCCCCGAGGUAUUUUUAAUACUUCCUUUCUCAACCCACACCUUUCUGGAGGGUUUGUGACUGCCUUUAUUUUAUUUUUAGUUUGAGUCUGUAUGGUAAACAGCUUGUAAAUGCGCAUUCUCAUUGCAUCGAAUCUCCUAUACUUCAGAGGGGAGAGCAUUGGAGCUUCAUUUACAAUUGAUUUAGUUUAUCUUUAAUAGUUUAAUUUAUCUUUAAUAAUAUAGAAAGGGGGAAUUUUUUAAAUUGUAUCCCUACAGAUCUGUCCGUAUACAGUAUCAGUGUUUCCUCACUGCCAAACUCUGACUGCCACAUACACCAGGGACCAUUUGGGAUUUGGACCAAUGCACACAGUAAAUCGGCACAGUAUACCAAGUCAUAAUUAACAGGAGCCAAGUCCUUUGGUCGUUAAGCUAUAAUGGUGCGAAUGACAGAAAUGGGAAAUGAAACAAGAAUGACCACUGUUUACAUGUGAAGAUUUUUCCUCAGAUUUAAAUGCGGUUAGUGUAAAGGUCUUUCUCUGUUUCUAAUGAAUGUUUACAGUUUUACUGGUGUGAAUUGUUUUUGCUCUUUGGCACUUAAUAGGGUUGGGGGGUCCAACAUAAGGUAGGACAGGGAAGUAGUUAUUUAAUUUAAUUCAAAUAUUUGAUUGAUUGUUGCGAGCAGACUUGAAGUGCAGAUUUUAAUGCCGUUUUAUAGCAUGCAUUAUACUGCAGUCAAAACAACAUUUUGCUGCCCUGGGAAAAAGAAAUGUUUUGCACUCCAAAUUUGAUACCCCCAAAAUCUGACAACAUCACAUGCUUGUGUCUUGUCAUUCUCACAUUUGUUGUCUGCUGCCAAAACCACUCCAUUGAAAUACUUACCUCUCCAUUCUAUAUCCGCUCAUUGCUGCCUCUCCCCUUGUCUGCCACAUCCAUGUGCCAUAUGAUCCAGCCCAUUACCUUAUUUUUCUUGUCAUUCUCUAAUGAAUUUGUGUUCAUGUUUCUAAAUAACUACAUCUCAUUGUGGCCAUAAAGAUUGUAA